UUCUGCGCCGCGAAGGGCGAAAUGCUUGCGCCGCUUUGUCUGCGCGCGCUGGAGAAGUCACGUCAAGUUGGCGCAUCCAAGGGCUUCGAGAGCAGAUUGAGUGCUUUUGAAGGAAGAGCCCAAAAAUAUGGCACGAGCGUGGAUUUUAGAACGCCGCUGAAAGACGCAGAUCCGGAAGUUUAUGCAAUCUUGGAAAAGGAAAAAAGUCGUCAGUUGAGCGGUCUUCCUAUGAUUGCCAGCGAAAAUUUCACAUCUCACGCAGUCAGACAAGCUGCUUCAUCUUAUUUGAUUCAUAAGUAUUCUGAGGGCUUACCUGGAGAGAGGUAUUACAGCGGAAAUGAGUUCAUCGACCAGAAUGAAAGGCUAUGCCAGCGUCGAGCACUCGAACUGUUUCGCCUGAAUCCAGACGAAUGGGCAGUCAACGUACAAGCAUUGAGUGGGUCUAUCGCGAACUUUGCCGUUUACAAUGGCCUUUUGGACCCGCACGACCGGAUCAUGGGAUUAGAGUUAUCUCAUGGAGGGCAUCUGACCCACGGACACCAAACGCCAGCCAGGCGAGUUUCAGCAUCUUCUAAAUACUUUGAGUGUACGCCUUAUCGAACCGUUGCUGAAACUGGAGAGAUCGAUUACCAAACGCUCGAAAAAACGGCUGCCUUAUUUCAUCCAAAAAUGAUCGUUGCUGGGUCGUCAUCUUAUCCACGCCUGUUUGAGUACGACCGAAUUCGCCAAAUUUGUGAUAGGCACCAAGCUUAUCUAUUUGCGGACAUAUCGCAUACCGCCGGACUUAUGGCCGCGCGACUCAUUCCAGAUCCGUUUCAAUUUGCACAUGUCGUCACCACAACCACGCAUAAAACUCUUCGGGGUCCUCGCGGUGCUAUUAUUUUCUGUCGAAAGAACCUCGAGCGGCGGAUCAAUUCGUCCGUAUUCCCUUCGAUACAGGGCGGACCUCACAACCACACCAUUGCCGCCAUUGGCGUCGCACUCAAAGAAGCCGCUACGAAAGAUUACCAAACGUACCAAAUCCAGGUUCAAAAAAACGCCCUGUCUAUUGCCCAAAAGCUGACUUCUCUCGGCUACUCACUCGUCUCUGGAGGAACGAGCACUCACUUAGUCGUCAUAGACCUUCGACCUCAACAUAUUGACGGCGCCAGGGUAGAAGCUGUUGCCGAAUCUGUCAAUAUUUAUACCAACAAGAACUUCAUUCCGAGCGACAAACCUGCGUCUCCCCCAUCUGGCCUGCGAAUUGGAACACCUGCUGUCACCAGCCUCGGUGCCAAAGAAGAACACAUGUUUGAAAUCGCCAAAUUCAUAGACCAAGCUGUCAAAAUUUCCUGCGAAAUUCAUCGAGAAUGCCUCUCUCUCAACCAACCACGCCUGUCCGAUUUUCGUCAACUUGUACACAAGAAUUUGAGCGACGGAAAAAGCAACCUCGUCUCGCUGAAAGAACAAGUAAGUCUGUUUUGCACCCGGCAACUCCGCCCCCGCACUCUUCACAUCCACCCCUGCCAAACUCAUGAGGCACUCGCGUAACGCCGCACUACGACUUUAAAAGACCUCAGAUAAUAUCUUAAAAAACCUCGCCACCUCCGCCAUACAUAGACCGAUAACCGAUAAAUGUCCUAAAAAAACAUAAUUUUAAUACUCUUGAUCUCUACCUUACGUUUUAUUCGCCUUUCUACCACAAGACAUGAAUCCCCUCCUUGGCGCGAUUCUAUUCGUCGUAUCCGUAGUAUCUCCUGUAGCCGCAUUUGAUGCUGGUGAUGGCAUCAUGCUUACGAUUGGCAUAAUUUUACUCAUCGUCGGGAUUCUCGCCCUUCUCGGCUAUAUCGCUCGCCAACGAAGCCCCUACUGAUCAUCAUCCACCUCCCGCAAUACCAUAUGAUUUUGGCAGCCUAGUUUUAUACCAGUAAACCCAUCUGCUAUCUCUUAAUGACCAACGCCCUUUCCUCCCUGUACAAACGCCAUUCACACAUGGAACACGCACACAAAGGCUUUUUUCGCCCUUGCUAAUAAAAAGCAAUUUUCAGACGGAGAAAG